AUGUUGUCUUACUUUUCUGGCAUGAAUAUUGAGGGUAUAUGUUUAAACCUCCCAAGACAUUUUGGAUUGGCGGUUCAAAGUUUACUGACAGAUUUUCAAAGCUUCGUCCAGAACAGUAAGUUCCUGCAAGCAGCCGAUGCCAUCAAUGAAUUGAAAUCUGCUUUCAUUGAAGACGAAUACUGUGAGCUGAAAAUUGUCAAGGCUCUAAGGUCUGAGCUGCGAGUGAACCAAGAGACGCUGCUGCAUCAUCUAGGAGAGGCCUGGUCUGCCAUGACUGUCUGGACUAUACCCCAUGCCAAAGAACCCGUCACCCUGACCAACGUCAGCCAAGUCCAACUCAAACUAGUUUACAGUGAAAAUGCUGCGGUGACUGUCAAUGCCAUGAGUCAGGUUGGAAUUCUGAAGAGCAAAAUGCAAGUUUUCGGAAAGAAACUGAUGGAGCAUAUUCUGAAGCCAGUUGUGUCGCUGUCAAAUGUUGCGCCAUCAAUUAACGCAGCUAAAAAGUCGCAGUCAACCACCGUUAGAUUCAAGGUGCUAUCCAAGAGCUCUGAGGAGCCGUCCGAUCCCGUAGCUGUGUACAAGAGCACUCUGGCAAUACUGAAAGCACUGAGCAGGCCGUUACUUAGCCUCAAGACAGAGGGUAAAAACAGAGAUGAGAACACAACGCUGAUGGCUUUGCUAGGAGAACACAUCUGGCCAGAGCUGUCCAAGUGUAUCAUCACACAUUGUCUGGUGCACUCGAUACCCACAAGCAGCUCAAAGCUCAAUGAGUACAAAGCUGUCAUCACGGCUACUGAGAGAUUUGAAGCUUCUCUCCGGAAAACAGGUCAGUUUAUUGCAGAAACUGCUUCUCUGCUGCUGACCUACGCCAGAGAUGUCAAUGUCCAUUUUGCUAACAAAAAGUGUCAAGAGCUGAUAGUUGAAGCCCGCAAGCUGAUGAAGAGAGAGCUGCACAAUACAAAGAGAGUCGGUACAAUGAAGGUUGACAACAAGAACGUCAAAGAUCAAAAACAAGAUGCCAAGGACAAGUGCCACGUCAGCGAGGGUAUCUUUGCACUGCCUGAGUGUGCAGUCAGUGAAAGCAUAGAGUGUCUUGUUAAUCUAGCCUACCAGACAUUACAAGAAGCUGCUAGUAACACACCACAAUGUGCCAUCCAACUGUUCUACACAGUGCGAAACAUGUUUGAGAUAUUUUGCGAUGUCGUACCCACAUACCACAGAGAUAGUCUGCAAAAGCUACCUCUGGAGUGCGCACUCCACCACAACAACUGCAUGUACAUCGCCCAUCACCUGCUGACGCUAGGCCAUCAGUAUCGUCAAUCCUUACCCCCGCCCCUCUGUGACGGCACAUCCACAUUUGUCGACCUCAUCCCUGUCUUCAGGAAGCUGGCAUCCGAAUGUUUCUUGGCUCAAAUGAAAAUGAUGUUGACUCAACUCAGUCCAACUUGAAUCUGGCUGGCGGUCGGUCCUCCGGCUGUAACAUGGAUCUGAAACUACAGAACCAGCUGAGUAAAUACAUGUACCUAGUCCCAGAAUUUGACGUUGGUAUAGAUGAUGUUGGGGAAAUCGUCAACAUACUUAAUGUCAUCAAGCUGUUGGUGAAGAAUCGCAUCUUUCAUCUGCUGAGGAUGUUUCCUAAUGUUGCUCAUCCGUUGCUUGAUGUCAUCGCCAGGGCAACCAACAGAUGCUGUCCACUCGCUUCUCUUCCUG